UUGCACACUGUGGGAACUACUGUAGUACGGAGUACUGCACAACAACAUGGUUACAACCACGGUCCGCACGGAACAAGCGGAGUCCAUAUAACAGACCUGAGCUGAGAACUGACACUUACCGACGAUGGCGUCCAAAGACUCUGAGAACGGGAACUUCAUGCGGAACUUCGCGCGCAGGUUCAGCGCCGUUCCCGCCAUGUCUGUGGACCAAAGUCACGGGGAGGGGGAAGUGUGCGAAGACGUUCCCCUGACCCCGAGGUUCCAGCCGCCAGCCAUGGCGCGGCGUGUGAGCGAACCGGUCGUGUUGGGAGGCCGCCUGGCGGACGGGACGCGGAUAGGUCAGGACCAGUGCCGUCUGGACGGUGCCGACGCGAACCGGCGGGUAACGGGCGAGUCGCUGAAGCGGGGAACGGCCUACAUCUACGAGAACCGGCCGGCCCUGUCCAGACAAGUCAGCAGCGAGCCCUCCUUCAAGGUGGAGAUCGACCCUCUGGACCUGGUCUCCAGCACGAUUCACGAGGCCGCCACUAAGAACGACGUGUCCUCUCUGGUCCAUCUGCUAGAGGGCGGACACGACAUAAACGACAAGGACUGGGCGGGCCGCUCUGCAGUGUUUCUGGCCGUGCGGAACCACAGUUACGGCGCUCUAGACCUGCUGCUGCGGCACCGCGCAGACACGCUAGGGGUCGUCACGCACUCGGACGACGCGGCGCUCCACUUCGCCGUCAAGGGCGGAGACGUCAAGAUCGUCAACAGUUUGCUGACGUUGGAUGAGAACUGUGACGUGAACGUGCGCGGGAACGGCGACCUGACGCCGCUGCACCUGGCCGUCAACAACAACGACACGGAGAUGGUCAAGGUGCUGGUUCAGCACAACGCUGACGUGAACGCCAUCGACUCCACCAACGUCACGCCCAUCGCGCUGGCGACGUCCCGCUGCUCACCCGAGCUCAUGUUCCACCUGCUCAGCCCCAGAGCUACGGGUGCUUUCUGCGUCCGGACCGAGCAACAGAGCAAUGGUAGGCUCAGGGGACCGAGGACCGCCAGCGAGUCAAAAGACAACAUAAAUAAUCAGGACGAGAUGCAGCGCACGCCCCUGAUGCUGGCUGCACUGUUCGGUGAUAGCGACUCUCUUCGCCUGCUGCUGAGCACCGGCGCCGAUGUGAGGAGGGUGGACUGUGACAGCAGGACCGUGCUGCAUCACGCAGUCGGGCACUCCAAAGUUCUGGACAUUCUGCUGCAGAACACGAAAGCGAAGCGUUUGCUGGAGAAGAAGGACGGAGCGGGCUGUACACCGCUGCACCACGCCGCCCAGGGCGGGUUCGACAAGAACGUGCGGUCGUUGAUAGCAGCCGGCGCCGACCGCAACUCCAGGAACAACAACGGGGAAACCGCGCUGCACGAGGCAGCCAGGCACGGCCGUCUGAACGUGCUGAAGACUUUGCUGCGCGGGAGCGGGCGGGAGGGGAAACCGGGCGACUCCAUCAAGGUCCGGCUGGUGAACACGGCCAACUCCCGGGGACUGCGGCCGCUGCACCUCGCCUCCAAGUACGGACAUCCGGAGGUCGUGCGCUACCUGCUCGACAACCACGCCGCAAUUACACAGACCGUGGAGGGCAUCAGUCCGCUACAUUACGCCGUGAAGAGCGGGAACCAGAAGACGGUGGACUGUCUGCUGGACGUUCACUACGACUGUCUCAACUGGGACGACGAUAACGGGAACACGCCCCUCCAUGUGGCGGCGAACGAGAACCUCCCUGAGAUCGUGACGCUGCUGCUGUCGGACGGCGCGAUCAUCACGGAAAACCUCCACCGGGAAAACGCGCUGGACGUCGCCAUUAACAAGGGCUCGGAGGACGCCGCUCUCGCCAUGGGCAGGCAUGGGCGGUAAGUCACUCCCACUCUCUCACCAUGGGGAGGCACGGGCGGUAAG